CUUGGGGGGGGGGGCACCCUCGAGUGUUCUUCGAUCUGGCCGGCGGAGGGCCUCGCGUUCUUGCAGGACGCUCUUCUGUCCCAGGUCCGGCCGUAUCUCCGCGGCCGCUGGCCAGGGCACUCGCGCUCGCGAGCGGGCGCCGAGGCUCAGGCUCUGCCCCCCCUCCCUUCCCCGGUCUGGGCGCUGCCCCGCGCGACCGCGAGCAUGUCCGCGGCGCCUGCGCGCGGAGGCAAGGGCGUCGGGCCCGUGCCGCCGCCGCCGCCGCGCGGGGGCAAGGGCGCGAAGGGCGGGCCGCCCCCCCCGCCGUCGCAGCCGCGGGGUAAAGGCCCGGCCGCGUGCGGCAAGGGGGGCGCGGGGCGGUCCUGCAGGGCCCCGCCGCCCGACCUCACCGCACCAGAGAACGCGGCGGUGCCGG